AGGACAUGUUAGUGGCUGAGAAUCCAAAGUUGGUCAGCAAGACGGUGAUCGGUCAGAGCUACGAGGGUCGUCCGCUUAAUGUUCUCAAGUUCAGCACUGGUGGAAGCAACCAUCCUGCUAUCUGGAUCGACACUGGAAUCCACGCCAGAGAGUGGGCCUCUCAUGCCAGUGGUAUCGUGUUCGCCAAGAAGAUCAGAACCGAAUGUGGCAAGAACAGGAAGCAGAAUCGGGGCUCCACGUAUGUUGGUGUGGACCUAAACCGGAACUGGAAUGCUGGGUUUGGAGGACAUUGUUCGAGCAACAAUCCAUUCUCAGAUAGCUAUUGUGGAACCAGGGCUCAUUCUGAGCCAGAAGUAAAGUCCAUUGUAAACUUUGUGAGGUCACACAGCAACAUCAAGGCCUUCAUCUCCAUCCAUUCCUACUCUCAGACGUUUUUGUUCCUGUCAGAAUGCCACGAUACAUACACAAGAGGUUUUUUCUACUUCCUGAAAUCUUUUGACCUCUCUCAGCAAACAAUACAAAUGGAACCCCCUCAUCCCAACUUUUUUCAGUUUCCAGAUAGUACUUGCGUAGUAUUGACUUCAAAGUCUGAUGCCAUCGUUCUAAAGCACCUUGGGACUCUGGGUGACCAAUCUAGUUGGGGCUCCAUCGACUGGACCUACAACCAGGGAAUCAAGUACUCCUACACCUUUGAACUGAGGGACACCGGCCACUUUGGCUUCAUCCUUCCUGCCAAUCAAAUUGUUCCCACUGCCAAUGAGACAUGGCUGGCUCUGAAGGUCAUUAUGGAUCACACCUUCAAGAACCCAUACUAAAAGAACAGAGUGAAAGCCUUGAGAACUUCCAUGUAGUUUUAUUUGCAAAUAUAAAACAAAGAAAAUAAAAAUGCA